AUGAACGGCUCACAGGUGGGUGCGGCGGGCUGCUGCAACCAGUCCGGGGAGCCCCUGCCGCCCCCCGAGGGCCGGGAGUCUCGCGCUGUGCAGGCGGCCGUGCUGGGCGUGCUGUCUGUGCUCGUCCUCUGCGGGAUCCUGUUCCUGGGCGGCAGCCUCCUCCUCCGGGCCCAGGGGCUCACGGCGCUGCUGGCUCGCCAGUGGCGCCCGGCCCGCGAGGCUGAGCCCGGGACUGCCAGCGAAGGUGAGGAAGACUCCUAGGUGCCAGGCAGUGCUCGGGUCCCAUCCGCGCUGCGUCCCUAGCGCGUUGGGUGGCAGCCACUGAUGCUGCCCUACAGGAUCCUUCCUUCAGACUCAUGGGGUUCG